AUGCAGCACGCCACCGAUAUAACCACCUCGAUCGCAGACAAGGUUUACGAUAGCGUGAUCUCUGCCGUGUCUUACUUCGCUAUCGAGUACACGUCCAACUGGAACUGGCAUUUUGAGGACUUGGGCACGCUUAUCCCGGAGGGUGGCGACGACGGCAUGCAGCAGGAGGGUGGCGGCGGCGACAAGAAUAGCGGCAGCAAGGACAGGAAGGAGCUCAAAGACGAAAGAAGCGAAGGGGAUAUCAGCAGCGGGCGAAGCGUCAAGGGCUGUGAUGUCUUACCCGGCAGGGCGGGCGGCAGGCUGCCCGUUGGCGAGCGUUAA